AUGUCCACUCAAUCUGUGAGUGCCAUCCCAAAAGGCUAUACCUUCGUUAACCCCGAGACUAUGAUUACAGUCAAGGGCAGCGACUUAUUCAAAGAGCUGAUGCACCAGGCCGACAAGCGCGACCCGGACGCGUUCGACAUGUACGUAUACAACGAUUUCUUCGCGUAUGGCGUCUUGGACCUCGUCGACAAGACCCUGUCAACUCUACACUCCAAAGUCACCAAGAAAGCCUGGGACGAGGCUUAUGCUAUCCUGGAGGGUAUUACAUGCUUCAUGGAUUGCGAGUCGGUCUGGACCCAAUGCGAUGACGGCCAGCGCGUCAACGCAACCAAGAAAGCCUACGCAGCCCUAGCCAUUGCCAUCUUCAAAGGACUUCGGCAAGAAAAUCGUCUCAGCACCACUUCUUUCCCUAGUUUAGAAUGCUGCCUCAAGAACGUCACCGAACUUGGUGACAUGUUGGAUGGGAUCGGCAGCUCCACUGGACUGGGCAGAAUAGCACGGGGCCUCGCUCGAAAGAUCUUCAAAGACAAAACCGAGGAACAGGUUUGUCUCGAGAAGAAAUAUCGCGAGGAGUGGCUCAGCUCGCUGGACGCAGAGGCGAGGGAACAGAUUAUGGAAAAUGACGAGGUCGAAGACGGUAAGGAUGCAGAAGGCGAUGGAAAGCCCUGGCACAUGAAGGGUCGAGUGGACGAUAACAUGGACGCACCAAAGCUCGCUCUCAGCCGUGCGUGGAAGGAUUACAGAGCUUUUGUCUCUGCAGCCCCCAAGGGGCCAUUGCGAGGGGGAAAAUCCUGGGACAUAUCCACCUGGUCUGCCGCCACCAAAGCCGAAUUCCAGUUCGACAACGAAGAUGCAUUUGGGUUCUGAUACUUGCAGCUCAACUGUAUACAUGUACCGUCCUGUGUCCGCAUCCGUAUAUUCAAUGAACUUCAGACGCGCCACUGGCA